UCCAUUGCUUCCCUUUUGCUUCCGCUCUUCUGCUUCUCGUCGUCUCGUCGUCUUCUUCCUCCUCUCGCCUCUGCGUUGCGUUGCGUUUUUUGCCGGUGAUUUUUGGAGGAAUAUUUUUGGAUUUUUGGGUUUAUUUUUGGAGGUGUAUUUAUUUUGUUUUUUUUGGGGAUUUUUUUGGGGAGGUUUUAAGGGGGAGGAGGAGUGGGGGGAGAUGGGGCUAGUGUGCGCGAGCUCCAAUGGCGAGAGCUCGUGGCGGGAACCCUACUAGGAGGAGGAGGAGGUGGUGGUGGUUGCGCUCGUCGCGUGUGGAGUGCUGCGGCGUGCGUUGUCAUGGAGGCCAAGGCUGGAGAAGCGGCGAGUGUUGCCCCGGUGGCUGUGGCGACGGACGCGGCGGCGGCGGCGGCCGCGGCUACGGUGAGCUUUCAGUCGCCGGCGGUGGUGGCGGCGGCGACGGCGGCAGCAGAGCAGGGUAGCUCGAGCGGUGGUGUGAUGGUGUCGCCGCCGGCGGCGCCGCCGCCUAUGGCGUCGUCGGCGAUGGUGGCGGGGGGAGGGGUGCUGGUGGCUCCGGCGCCGGUGAAGGUGGGGAAGAAGAGGGGGAGGCCGAGGAAGUACGGGCCGGACGGGAGCCUGAUCCGGCCGCUGAACGCGACGCCGAUCUCGGCGUCGGUUCCCAUGGCGGCCUCCGCGGUGGGGCCGUACACGCCGGCGGCGGCGGUAGGCGCCGCCAUGAAGCGCGGGAGGGGCCGCCCCCUUGACUUCGCCGCCACGGGCAAGCUCCAUCACCACCACCACCACCCGCAGCAGCAGUUCGGCUUCCACUUCGACUCCAUUGGUGACAUGGUGGCAUGUUCUGCUGGUGCGAAUUUCACUCCUCACAUCAUCACUGUUGCUCCUGGCGAGGAUGUGACUAUGAAGGUCAUAUCAUUUUCUCAACAAGGACCACGAGCUAUUUGCAUUCUUUCUGCUAACGGUGUGAUAUCAAAUGUUACACUGCGUCAACCUGAUUCCUCUGGUGGCACAUUAACUUAUGAGGGACGCUUUGAAUUGCUAUCGUUGUCUGGAUCCUUUAUGCCUACUGAAAACAGUGGAACAAGAAGUCGAUCAGGUGGGAUGAGCGUAUCUCUUGCCAGCCCAGAUGGCCGUGUUGUUGGUGGUGGAGUUGCUGGCCUUCUUGUCGCAGCAAGUCCUGUUCAGAUUGUUGUUGGGAGCUUCCUGCCAAGCUAUCAAAUGGAACAGAAGAAUAAGAAGCUGAGGGUGGAAGCGGCACCCGCCCUUGCACAGACGCCUCCUGCUGUUCCGAUCUCUAGCACCGAUACGCACAGCAGCGAGCAAGGGCAACACAUCUCCGUUGCCCCAAGAACAAACAUUAUAACAUCGGCUUACAAUGCAGACCAGAGCUGGGCAUCUCCUGCUCAAUCGAUACCUGACAGCGCAAGAACACCGUCAGGUGAUGUGAAGGUCACUGCCUCCGGAGCCUGAAACUGAAAACCCCCCCGACCAGGAUCCAUGAAAUUCUGUUACUGCGCUGCCGCACACCAUGAUCGUCGUGGCAAAAGAUGGCUUCAUUUCUUUCUGACUUGUAAAAGAUGUGUCUGAAUUCCAGUAGGUUUUCCUUCAGGCAGAAGAGUCUAACUGCAUUUGCUGUAGCUGUCCCGAUAUAGUCACUGUUUUAAGCAUCACCAUGUCGGUCAUAUUGGAGACUGGAGAGUUGUGUAGUUACAAAAUUGUACUAGCUGUGUGUGUCUUAGGCUUCCUUUCAUCUGUUGGAUUAUUCCUCUUAAUUUGCUCCAUGUACCCCUUAUUAAAUUAGCAUUAGAUCUUUUUUUCACCCCCUAUUAUUUCUUACACUAUACAUGU